CAUCAUCAUAUACACCAGUCACCGCCCCUUCAUAGUAUUAUUCACACACAACUUCAGCUGGCUUUCAUUUCGGAUAUAUCUUUAAGUCGUGAAAAAGCCAUCCAAGCAGCAAAAUGGCACGCCAGCUUACUAAAUUGGGCUUUCUGGACGUCAAAAAGACGCUGUUUAUGCUGUGCGACCUGCAGGCCAAGUUCCGGCCCGGCAUGCCGAUGUUCGACCCGGUUGUCAAAAAUGCCGGAAAGUUGGUACAAGCCGGCAAGAUGUUGGACAUCCCGCUUAUGGUAACCGAACACUACCCGGAAAAGCUGGGCAAAAUCGUCCCGGAGCUGGACAUUGCCCACGCCAAGGCGGUCUUCCCAAAGACCCUGUUCAGCAUGAUGAUCCCAGAGGUCAAAUCCAAAAUCAACGAACUGUACGGCAGCGGAAAUCUGGAAACGGUGGUCCUGUUCGGGCUCGAGUCCCACAUCUGCCUGGAGCAAACGGCGAUGGACCUGCUCAAGGACGGGUACACCGUCCACGUGGCCGCGGAUUGUUCCGUGUCGCGAACCCAGGAAGAUCGCAAGCUAGCGCUGGAGCGCCUGCGACAGUACGGAUGCUUCGUUUCGACGAGCGAAAACAUCAUAUUCAAGCUGAUGAAGGACAAGAACCACCCGGCGUUCGACACGGUGCGGCACGUGGUGCGGGAUGCGUCCGUCGAUACCGGGUUGGCCAAGCUGUGAGAAGGGGUGCGUGUAAGGUCCGGAACAUUCCCGUUUUGCACAAUCACUCACUCAAUCACGCACGCAUCCGUCUUCUGCCGCUGCUCGUUGCAUUCUCCCCGCACAAAGGGAGAGCCGCCCUUCAAGUGGGGCCGCGCAGCUUCUUUGUUCUUCGUUUUGUGUCGUCCUUCGUAUGCUUGACAAUGUGGGGUAACUUGUGUUAAUUAGAAACAUCAAAUUGUCCGCUAGCCGUGUUCGGACCCUACAUCCCACCUUGCUUUUAAAACCAAAAAUAUUUGAAUCGCCCUUCAGUCGCGUUUGUCUAUUUUGCAGAGGUGUGUGCAAAAACAAUAACAUCAGAUUAUCGCUUAAUACAUCAAAUAAAUUCAUCAGAAAUGUA